UCUUUUAUCUCUCUCUCUUCCAUUUUUCAACGUGAUUUCUGUCACGUUGAGAUUCAUUUCCAUUCCCCAUCUUCAAAAAAAUCAUUGGAAUCAAACACCAAAAUUUUCUUCCUAGGGUUCAUUGAAUUUGGUUCAACGUUGGGUUUUUCACGUUAAUUUUCCACCUAUAAUAAUUUUAACAUUCUUCAAAUCUCUCCAAAAUCUUUUAUAGCAUAUACUUGCAUGUUCAUAUUCAUGUCGCACUCUUUCUUUCUGCAAUGAUCAAUUGCAUUGCACCAUCAAGCAUAUGAUUAAAGGGCACAAACACCUGAUAGGACGCGACCCUGAUAUAAACACCUGACAGGACACAGACACCUGAUAGGACACGACUCUAAUUGAGACACCUGACAGGACACAUACACCGGAUAGGAAACGACAUUGGGGCAAACACCUGACAGGACACAGACUCCUGAUAGGACACGACUCUUACACGGAUACUUAAUAAGAUAGACUUUGGCAUGGUCAUCCGUUACGACACAAACGAGGAAUGAUGCUUGGGAUAGGGGGUAAUUAGUGUUAGAUGGGAAACAACUGUGUUGGUUCGGGAACCUCGCAAUCAAGGGAUGUAUCAUCACCCUGUGCAAGUCCUUCUUGCUGGCCGCUUGGUGGAACGAAGAAAGAUACUUGUGAUGCACAUAAGACCAGUCCAACAAAAGCUAUAGAAGCUGCUCCAAACAAGGCACCACCGGUAGUGAAAAUUGAGAAUGAGGAUGUAAAGCCAUCACCGCAACAAAAGGCGCAAACGAAUGAAGGUGCUGUUGGUACACCUGCAAAACCAAAGAGACCUCAGAAUGUGAAGAGACUAGCAAGUGCAGGACUCAAAGCAGAUUCUGUUUUGCAGCGAAAAACGGUUAGUCUAAAAGAGUUUUAUAAUUUGGGACAAAAGCUUGGACAAGGGCAAUUCGGAACAACAUUUCUUUGUGUGGAGAAAGCAACUGGGAAAGAGUAUGCUUGUAAAUCCAUCUUGAAGAGGAAGUUGUUGACAGAGGAGGAUGUGGAAGAUGUGAGGAGAGAGAUUCAGAUUAUGCAUCACUUGGCUGGGAGUCCAAGCAUAGUUUCGAUUAAGGAAGCUUCCGAAGAUGCUGUUGCUGUUCAUGUUGUUAUGGAGUUGUGUUCAGGUGGUGAGCUUUUUGACAGGAUUGUGGAAAGAGGGCAUUAUACUGAGAGAAAAGCGGCUAAACUUGCACGGACUAUUGUUGGUGUUAUUGAGUCAUGUCAUUCUCUAGGAGUAAUGCAUCGUGAUCUUAAGCCGGAGAAUUUUCUUUUUGUUAAUCAGCAGGAAGAAUCUCCUCUUAAGGCAAUAGAUUUUGGACUAUCUGCAUUUUUUAAACCAGGUGACAUUUUCAAUGAUGUAGUAGGGAGUCCAUAUUAUGUUGCACCUGAAGUCUUACGCAAGCGAUAUGGCCCUGAAGCAGAUGUUUGGAGUGCUGGUGUCAUCUUGUACAUUCUCUUAUGUGGGGUGCCUCCAUUUUGGGGUGAAUCGGAGCAGGAGAUAUUUGAGGCCAUUUUGCAUAGUGAUCUUGAUUUCACAUCAGAUCCAUGGCCUGGUAUAUCUGAAAGUGCAAAAGACUUGGUUAAGAAGAUGCUUGUUAGAGAUCCUAGUAAACGGUUAUCAGCUUUUGACGUUCUUCGUCACCCCUGGAUUCAGGUUGAUGGAGCAGCCCCAGACAAGCCUCUUGAUUCUGCAGUUUUGAGUCGCAUGAAACAGUUUACUGCAAUGAACAAGCUCAAGAAAAUGGCUCUUAGAGUUAUUGCAGAGAAUCUCUCCGAAGAAGAAAUUGCUGGUUUGAAAGAAAUGUUUAAGAUGAUCGACACGGACAAUAGUGGUUACAUUACGUUUGAAGAACUCAAGAUUGGACUGAAAAAAUUUGGUGCCAACCUCAAUGAAUCUGAAAUUUACGAUCUAAUGCAAUCUGCGGAUGUUGAUAAUAGUGGUACAAUCGACUAUGGAGAAUUCAUAGCUGCAACAUUGCAUUUAAACAAAGUUGAUAGGGAAGAUCAUUUAGUCGCUGCUUUCUCAUAUUUUGAUAAAGAUGGAAGUGGAUACAUCACGCGAGAUGAGCUUCAAAAAGCUUGUGAAGAAUUCGGCCUAGGGGAGGUUGGCUUGGAGGAAAUGAUCCGAGAAGCCGAUCAGAAUAAUGAUGGACGAAUAGAUUACAACGAAUUUGUGGCCAUGAUGCAGAGAGGGAAUGCAGAAAUCGGUAAGAGGGGUCGAAAGGGUAGCCGUAGUUUAAGCAUUGCAUUUAGGGAGGCACUACCAGUAUGCUAAUGUAAAAAAAGUUUAUACCAUUGUAGUGAUUGAUUUUCUCUAAAAUUUUGUAAUGUAGCAUUCUUUCCUUGGUGUAUUAAAUUGAACAUAGUUUCUCGAGGAAAUGGCUCUGGUUACUUAAAAUGUUGAUAGGUAUUAUUUGAGAGAAUUUAU